GAGGUAUUUUGUCCUCUCGGAUAGCCGUACGUGCUUGAAGCAGAUUCAUAGGAUGGCGAAUGUGAAGUGCUGCAGCGAAGGCCCCUCUAAAGAAGGAGGUCCUCCUGGCAUCCCUCAUCUUUCAGCAGGACCGGAAGAGAAGGGAAGCAGUGUGAAAACUAAGACUGUCUCUUCCAGCACGGCAUCAGGGGACAGUCUGCGAAAGCGGUCUGCUGAUGAGAUUGGCCUCGAAGAUGAAUCUAAAAGUAAGCCAGCACCCCCUAAAAUGUCUAAAGCGGGGUUUAGCAUGACUGCGAAGAAGUCUGCGCCAAUCUCUAUCAAGCUGGGAGCAAGCAAACCUAAAGAACCCACACCUGCCUUACCUGCCAAGAAAGCUGGACUGGCAUCUGUUUUUAAUGAGGAUGAUGAUAGCGAGCCUGAAGAAAUGCCGCCUGAGGCAAAGAUGAGGAUGAAGAAUAUUGGCAGAGAAACGCCCACAUCAGCUGGACCCAAUUCCUUCAACAAAGGAAAGCAAGGAUUCUCAGACCAUCAGAAACUUUGGGAGAGGAAGCUUAAAUCCCAGGCAGAUCAGUAGUGUCCGGUUGCUUACAAUAGCUUGCUUUUUGGCAUUGAAAUAUUUGCCCUUUUGUCUCUUCGUUUGAUGGCAAUUGUACAAAUGUAUAUAUGUAAUGAAUGUUUACACUAUAAAGCAUCUUUUUAUUGUAGCUAAUUAGAUUUUUUUUAACCACACUGUGGUUAAAUAAUACCUUCUUGUGUAAGAUGCAAACCGCAACAGAGAAAUUAAGAAUAAUCUUUUUUGCUGUGUAAUAUGGUAUGUGCCACACUGACCCGUUAUCAUUUGCUUAUAGUAUAGUUGUUUUCCAAAGGAAUGUAGUGGUCCAGUCAUUCAGUUUCAUUCGUAGAAAUGAAACAAGACAUUGUAUUUUCUAGUUGCUAAUAAAUCAGAGAUGUGGUA